AUGGAGGAGGUGAUGCAGGAGGUGAUGCAGGAGGUGAUGGAGGAGGUGAUGGAGGAGGAGGUGAUGCAGGAGGUGAUGGAGGAGGUGAUGAAGGAGGUGAUGGAGGAGGUGAUGGAGGAGGUGAUGGAGGAGGUGAUGGAGGAGGUGAUGCAGGAGGUGAUGCAGGAGGUGAUGGAGGAGGUGAUGGAGGAGGUGAUGGAGGUGGUGAUGAGGAGGUGA